AUGUCCAGUCAGCGCCCCGCCACGCUCCCCGUGCCGCGCCAGACCGGCACCAUCAGCCUGGCCACGCUGGCGGUGAUGGCCAUGAUGGGGGUGCCCCUCAUCUCGCUCCUCAGGGCCCAGGGGCUGGUGGGGCAGAGGUGGAGCGCGCCCCAGCCCAGGGUCUACGCCGCGCCCGACGCCGCGCGAGACGCGCAGGCGCAGGCGGGAGAAGAGGGGCCGCUUGCCUCGGGAGCGGAGAGUGGCGAGUCGGUCGUGAACGAGCCGGCCGUCUCAGCGGCGCUGGCCGCCUGCCUGGGCGCGGCGACCUCUCAGCCGUCGCCAGCCGCUGCCGAGGUCGCCCCCCUCCAGACAGGGGUGGAGAACCCGCUGGGACCCAAAGAGUGGGGCCCCACCCAGCCGUCGGCGUACGAUCCGCUGCACGGCCUCGCGGACUGGUCUGCGCCGACGGUCUGGUCCAAGUAUGACCCCCUGGUCCGCGCCAUCCGCAGCACGGCUCGCCCCGGCUCCUCCAAGUACGACCCGCUGGACGUGCGCUCCCGUGCGCCGCGCUCCCAACCCGCCUUUUUUGCCGCCUCGGCCGCGGGGCCGGACAAGUACGACGCCGUCGGCUGCAUGCUGGCCGCCGCGGCCGCGAGCUUUGGCGGCCGUACAACUUCGACCCAGGGGCCCCAGCGCUAUGACGCGGCGGGGCAGCUGCUCCGGGCCUCGCUGCAGCACACGCUGCCGGAGGCGCGUAGCCUGCUGUCGGGGGACUGGCUGGACGCCGCGACGCGCGGCUUCGAUGCCGCCGCCUCGCGCCUGGGCCUGAUCCCGGAGGCCGCGACAAAUGAAGGCCGUGCCUCGAUGGAGGGCCCAGCCGAGGACCUGGAUGGGGUGGCCAGGGACGCCGCCGACCCCUCCAUCUGGUCGCCCAAGACGCCCGCCCUCUCCUCACUCUGA